GCAAGAAGAUGGAUGCUCAGAAGAAGUACUACAUGAUAGCUGGGAUGCACCUAGCUAUGCAAGUGUGGUUUUAUGAGUGCUGUUCAAAUGUUGAUCCCAAAAUUGCUCUCCGAGUUGAUAACGUGGUCCCCAGAAUACUCAAUUGGAGAACCACCGGAAAUCAGCCAAACUUUGCUUAUCUGAUGAACGGCAUGUUCAAUGAUAAUGGAAACAUGAUUGUUUACAAGGACAUCCACCCGACCGAUAUAGAGCUUGCUGUUAUUCAGAUUCCUCCAGUAGGCGUUGCUGUUGAGAACAGUCCUACUCCUACUCAUUCAGACAAGUCGGCAGAGGAUUCAGAUGACUUUUCUCCGACACCUGAUCUUCAGUGUAAGAAGAAACAUGCUGCAAGUGUUGGUCCAUCUUCAUCACCGCCCCAUAAAAAGCGCAAGGAACAGAUUAUUCAUCCCUCAAAUAUAGAGAAUAAAUCCAAGAUUCCUCCUGUUGGUGUAACUGAAAUUGCACAAAAUGUUUUACAACACAAUAAGCUGGCAGAUUCCAAAAAUAAUGAAGUAUCUUCUUUGAGGAAAGAUCUAAAUUCAUUCAAAGAAUACGUUGUGGGCGAGUUCAAGUCUUUGAGAUCAUUGAUAAAUGAUAACUUUAAGAAGCUUUCUGACCAUCUUCAAGACAAUCAACAAAAAGAAAGCUUACACCAGAGAAAGGAAACCACAGGGAGACGUGAUGAUGGUAUUGAAAUGCCAUAUGAUGCCAACUUGAAAGAUAUUCCAAAAGGUCACAGACAGACUGAUACAGUUGUCGGGGAUAAUGUUGAGAAUAUAAUGGUUAAUGCUCUUUGUGUGGAGUCAAGAGUGGAGGGGAAUACUACAUCAGAGGUGCCGUGCAACAUACCACCUAUAGGCCAAGAUGGUGCAUCUACAGAUUACUAUGUAUCUCAAUUUGAGCUGGACGACAAGUUUCUUCCCAGUCAAAUUCCAGAAAUUAGAAUUGUGAUACACAACAGUGCAAAAAAAGUUGAAUCAACCCCAGUACCAUCUCAUAGGAAUCGUCGACCAAGUAGAUGGUAUUCUUCGCCUUACGAGUCUAACUUCGACUCCGCAGAAGUAAUUUGGAAGAUCAUUACAAGAAGAACAAGUCAACACUUCAUAUACCAUUGAAUUUUGGAGUUGAUCAAGUCAAUUCAAAAAAUUGAUUUUACCUUCUAUCGUUUGACGAUAAACUAUGGGAUGACAACGUAAGUUUUACCCCUUCCAACUCCACUUAAUUCAUUUCUUUAGUAUUGGUUUUUCUAAUUGUAUAAUUCACAAAUUGAGCUCAC